GAUGCCAGCCAAACGAUGACCAGUUGUGGCCCGCAGUCCCGGAACCGGCUCGCCCUGCUCCUGUCCCUGCUGUUCUCUGCAGUCUCCUCCGCGCAUUUCCGGGUCUGCGAGCCGUACACGGACCACAAGGGCCGCUACCACUUUGGCUUCCACUGCCCCCGGCUCUCGGACAACAAAACCUUCAUCCUCUGCUGUCACCAUAACAACACGGUCUUCAAAUACUGCUGCAACGAGUCUGAGUUCCAGGCGGUGAUGCAGGCGAACCUCACGGCCAGCUCCGAGGGCUACAUGCACAACAACUACACGGCCCUGCUGGGGGUGUGGAUCUACGGCUUCCUCGUGCUCCUGCUGCUGCUGCUGGACCUGCUCUACUACUCGGCCAUGAACUACGACGUCUGCAAGGUCUACCUGGCGCGCUGGGGCCUGCAGGGCCGCUGGAUGAAACAGGACCCCCAGCGCUGGGGGGACCCUGCCCGCGCCCCCCGGCCAGGGCCGCCGGCCCCGCAGCCCCAGCCUCCCCCGGGCUCCCAGCCGCCGGCCCCCCAGGCUGUGCACACGCUGCGGGAAGAUGCCCACAGCCCACCGCUGAUGUCCUUCCAGAGCUCGUCUGCCUGAAAGCCUUUUCGCCGUGCCUCAGGAUGGGGGAGGUGACACCCGAAGCACCCGGUGCAGCCUCCAAGGACAACUCAGACAGAGA